CACUCUGAGGAACUGUUGUUCUCCCCUCAGGCUGGAAUUAUAGCUGUAUUCCAGCCUGUACCAUAGUCUAACCAUAUAUGCAAUGACACGGAGUCAGCCCUGAGGAUGUUUGAAAUGCUGAUCCAUCAUGAGCCAUUGUAGGAGAAUGGCUCUGAUCUGAACAUGGGCUACACAAGAUUAGCUUCUGAUUUUGGAUUAGGGAAAGGGUUACAACACAAAUUAAAUAUAUUUAAACUUGUGAUUUAUGUCAAAUUACAUGAAAACAGAAGAAGGAUAUGGUUCUGCUGAUAGCUUCAUGGAAAAUAGUGGGUUACUAUUCCCUUAGAGUAGCCUAAAAGAUUUGGACAUGAACUGUCCAUUGAAAUUGUGUCUAAAUCCCCUGAGUGCUUUGCAAACCCCAGCAAUGUUCUCUGACCUGAAGUAUCCAGAAGUGGUUAGGCUGUUCCAUGUAUUUUUUAGUUUCCCUAACUGAUGUAAAUGGAUGCAGUGCAGCUUCAUUAUUUUUCACCAGCUGAGGUGAUAGUUUCAGAAUUGGUUGGAAUGGAAGAGAAUUAAGGGAGAAUUAGAGAAAUAGGCAAGAGCUGGAUGGGGACGUCUGCUUACAUUCUGUAAGUACUUAUCCUGAUUUUUCCUUUCUAAUGUUUGACCGAACAGAACAAGGACAGUGUGUUCUAUGUACUGGUUAUCACUUGUUGUCUGGUACAGAAAAGGUUAACAAACCUACUGCAGGAAUGAAGAAACACCCCAAAUAUUUGUGGGCAGCUGCAAUAUUAGACACAGGUUGCUGUAGUUCACUGCAGGUAAACCCGUACAGCUAAGCUAUUUGGGUGCUACUAUUUCCUUUGAGAUUAUUUCAUGUGUUUACUUUUAAAGCUGUGUAAACCCCACUGAAAACGGUCACAAUGAGUGAGCAAACAUUGAACCACCAUUAGAAAAGAAAUUGAAAUAAAAUAAGAUCCUUUGUGCUUUAUGCUAAAUGCACAUUUCGAAUCCGAACUUCAUUCACAGGUAUGUAGCUGAGUCCCUCUAGUGGCACAAACAUUUAUUUGGCUUCAUAUGUUAUUAAAAUUCUGUUUUACAGUCCAUUAUAGCAACAAAUUCACAGGUAGGCUUUUCUGGGCACUCUGAGAGCUGUGGCAAAGUAAAUCUUGGAUUAGAUGCUGUGCAAGCUCGUCUUAAUGAAUGUAAAUUGAUUUUUAAGUUGUGAGGGGCAAUUAUAGGUGCACUGGAAGAAGGGAAUAUUUGAAAGGAUAUUCUAGAACUAAUUACUAGUGAGAAACACGCAAAGAGCAACGUAAUACCCAGGGCAGCCAAUAGGGAUAAAAGCUUAUACACAAAACUGUCAUGACCUAGAAGUGAAGACUGUUUAAAAACACUGAUCUCCACUUAGCUUGUAAAUGCGCAUCACCCUCUUUCUCACUCACAUAUAUUCUCUCUCUCCCUGACACACACACACGCUUCUGGAUUUGCAGAAGAUAGACGUCUAGGGCACAUUCUUGGCAUCCACAGGAGAAUCAUAUGGGAUUAAAAAACCACAGCAGAACUGCUGAAAGCUGCCUCUUGAGGAUUACAACUUCGCCUUUUCUUUUUACGGAUGCUUGUUUACUAUCCAUGUGGUAACCUCUGGACAGCCAGUAAUCCAUUCGUUAUCCACAGUGAUUGAGUGCAGGAGUAGUGCACUAACUACUUCACUCGGCUGACGGCAGAAGACAAAAGGAGGGAAAUGAUGAAUUCGGACAAUUUAACCUCCCAAAGCUUCCUCUCUGCGAUUCACAGCAACACCAGCAAUUUAUUCUCAGGGCUCCAGUUUGUUCAGUCCUUCAAGCCACUCAUCAUCCCCUGCUACUCGCUAGUGGUUUUUAUUGGUGUCAUUGGGAACUACCUUCUCAUUUAUGUUAUCUGCAAGACAAAAAAGAUGCACAAUGUCACCAACUUUCUGGUAGGCAACCUGGCUUUCUCAGACAUGCUCAUGUGUGCCACCUGCGUGCCCCUGACGCUCGCCUAUGCCUUUGAGCCCAGAGGAUGGGUGUAUGGGCGUUUCAUGUGCUACUUUGUUUUCCUGAUGCAACCCGUCACUGUGUUUGUGUCUGUCUUUACCUUGACUGUCAUAGCUGUGGAUAGGUAUUAUGCCAUGGUGUAUCCAUUCCGCAGGAGGCUCACAAUCCCUAUUUGUGCUUAUAUCCUGGCUGCUAUUUGGUUGCUGAGCUGUACCUUGGCUGCCCCAGCCUUGGUCCACACUUAUCACGCAGAGUUCCCAGAACUGGACUUCUCUAUCUGUGAGGAGUUUUGGUUCCACAUGAAAAGAGAUCGCUUAGCUUACGCCUACAGCACUCUCAUCAUCACAUAUGUACUGCCUUUGGCUGUCAUCUCCCUGUCCUACCUGAGAAUCUCUGUCAAGCUCAAGAACCGUGUAGUCCCUGGCAAUGUCACCCAGGGCCAAGCUGAAUGGGAUAGAGCAAGGAGGAGAAAGACUUUUCGCUUACUAGUCUUAGUGGUGGCAGCCUUUGGAGUCUGUUGGCUGCCUCUGCACAUCUUCAACAUGAUAAAGGACAUCGACAUCAGCUUGAUUGACAAGCAAUAUUUCAACUUCAUCCAGCUGCUGUGCCACUGGUUUGCAAUGAUGUCUGCUUGUACCAAUGCCUUCCUCUAUGCCUGGCUCCAUGACAGCUUUAGGGGGGAGCUGAAGAAAAUGUUUGCCUGGAAGAAGAAGAAGAUUGGACCCACAACAAACUGCAUUAUGGCCAGUGUGGUGCUGUAAAAGAGAGCUGGUGGG